AUGGCGCAGGACAAGAAGGACAAACCUUCGUUUCUUGUAAAAGCAUACCUCGCGCUGUAUAAUACAGCCCAAUUUGCCGGCUGGACGUACAUUUUCGUGCAGUUUAUGCGGCACUUUUUCGUGCAUGGCCAUUCGCUGGAUACGCUAUGGGGUCGUGUAGGGCAGGCGACCUUCUUCUUCCAAAUGUUGGCCAUUCUCGAGGUGGUGCAUGCGAUGGCCGGUAUCGUACCGAGCAACGUGUCGAUGACGUUCCUGCAGGUGUUUGGACGCAGCAUGAUCGUAGCCGCUGCAAUCGAAGGCACACCGACCGGUCAGAAAUCGCCGGGCCUGCCGCUAGCAGUGUUCUGCUGGAGUGUGACCGAAAUCUUCCGGUACAGCUAUUAUGUGGCCCAUCUGCUGCUUCCGAGUGUACCAUCGUUGCUCGUCUGGGUACGGUACACGAUUUUCAUCCCGAUGUAUCCGUGCGGAUUUUUGGGCGAGCUGUUGUGCAGUUACUGGGCCCAAAGCUACAUCCGUGACACGGGAAAAUGGAGCGUGGAGUUACCGAAUCGGUUCAACUUUAGUUUUUCAUUUUACUACUUCAUGUGGAUUAUGGCCAUUUGCUAUAUGCCGCUUUUCCCGCAAAUGUACCUACACAUGUUUGCCCAGCGACGGAAGGUGCUUGGCCGUGGAAGUGGUCAGCAAAAAGCGGCAAAAACACACUAA